UGUCCCAUUCAGUUGAUUUCCUAUCACUUCCUGCCCCAUAGCCAAAACACAGGAAGUGAAAGGAAAUCCCUCCAAACUGAGGGAAUCCCCACCCAAUCUAGUGUCCCCAUUGGAAGAUUCCCCCUCUACUCCUGUUCUGGUGACAACCCAAAAAUUUGGCAUUUUCUUUCUUCUUUCAAAAAUCAGGGGCGGACUGACAACUCAUGGGGCCCCCGGGCAAUAGGGGAUCAUGGGGCCCCUGUCUCCUUGCCCAAACUCAAAAAAGCCUAUGAAAAAGGUACGAGGGGCAUCUCAUGGGGCCCCCUACUGACCCAGGGCCCUCGGGCAGUGCCCGAGUUUCCAAAUGGUCAGUCCGCCCCU